GAAGUCCGUUGUAAAUGUGAUUUUCUGAGCAUUGGCGAUCGCCGCGAUCCUAAAUAAUUUAUGGGCAUAUCUCAACUAUUGAGCAGAGCCCGUAUCCUUGAAAGAGUUAACGAGAUUGUCAACAAAACAUCUUGGCCAAUGUUUCUUUCCUUGAUGACUUUAAUUUAUCAGAAACCCAUGAGAUUGCAAAGCACGUUGAAUCAAGAUGAGAAUAUUAUAAAUGUGAAAAAAGUGAUGAAAUCUCAGCCGAGAGAUGCUACUAAGAAGCGUUUUGCUACGACAUAUAUCUCUUGUAAAGAAGAGGGUGAUGUCCCAGUUUCAUAUUAAAAUCUCAACAUUGAGCUCAUGGAUAAGAGAUCAAGAUGAAGAGAGGGGAGAUACAGAAGAAGAGUACGAGGAACCCUAUGCUGAUGUCCCAAGGCCUGCCAAGAAAUGGCAAAGAAAGCCAUACCCAACACCAGUGAAGGAGUUAAUUCGAAGAGCCAAAGAAGAGAAGCGAGCCAGACAAAAGAGCCCAUGUCGGCUCCUCGAAAAUGCCCCAGAGAAUGGCCUCCUCGUUCCUGACCUCAUUGAGGUUGCUUACCAAGUAUACAACGCCAACGGAAUUUUGCUUCUUGGCCUCUCUAAGCUUGUAGAUGGUGACUCAGCUAUUCCUGUCAAGAAAUGCAGGUUUUGUUCUGAAGUGCACAUAGGCCACCAUGGCCACGAGAUUAGGUCUUGUGAAGGAAAAGAGAGUGGUUCGAGGAAUUCAUUCCAUGUGUGGACAAGAGGAGGCAUUCGAGAUAUUGUUGGUUUCCCAUAUUGUUAUCAUCUCUUCGACAGGGUUGGAAAGCCUAGAAUUGGACAUAAAGAGAGAUUUGGGAUCCCGAGACUUCCAGCUAUAACAGAAUUGUGCGUCCAAGCCGGAUUAGCUUUAGAUGAUUACCCAACAAAGAGAAGGACUAAGCCCGUGUACUCAAUUGAAGGAAGAAUUGUAGACUUCGAGCCAGAGACAGAAGAAAAUGUCACUGUAGAAAGAAAUUACAACCAGGCCCAUCUACAUAAAAAACAUGAAGAAGAGAUGACAAGAGCUGAAUGGAGUCAGAGAACAUUGCAAGCUUGGUUUGAGAUGAGAUUAGGAGCAAAAAAGAUAAUGAAGAAAUAUAGUGUUUGGACUUGUGGCUAUUGUCCCGAAGUUCAAGUGGGUCCCAAGGGACACAAGGUGAGAAUGUGCAAAGCAGUGAAGCACCAAUUUCGUGAUGGUCAGCAUGCUUGGCAAGAAGCCACCAUCGAGGAUUUGAUCAGGCCGAACUAUGUUUGGCACGUGCGUAGCCCGGAUGGACCUCCUCUUUCAAAUGAGCUGAAGAGGUAUUACGGAAAGGCGCCAGCUAUUGUGGAGCUUUGUGUUCAAGCUGGUGCAUGUGUCCCUGAGCAGUAUAGAAGUAUGAUGAGGUUGGAUGUUAUUCCUCCUGAGCUUGAUGAACAUGAUUUGGUCGCAUGAGGUUCUUGGGAACUUAUAGAACUGAAGGAAAGAUAUUGAUCGACAAAGCGUGAAGUACAUAGGUCAGUUCUUUAAAAUUUCGUGAUGUUGCUGUCGUUUAUUUCAUUUGUUUUGUUCGUGUGUUCAUAUUCUGAAACUGUUAUAACUUAGUAUAGCAAUGAGAAAAAAUUUCUGGGUGCUUGGUGAAGGGACGAUGUUGAUAGACAUGAAACUUUAUGUGCAUCGUUUAUGCACACAACUUGCUAGUUCUUUCAGAGA